CCAAGAGAGUGGCCUCAUAACACCCACGCGUCUCUCUUUCUUCUCUACACCUCCUUCGUUCUUUUCUAACUCAUUCUCAUUGGUCAAUUCCAUUUCCAUUGCUUUUUCAUUCUCAUGCAAAACGGUUAUGGGUGCGUAGGUUAAUAACCAAAACCAUUACAUAGCGUACGUUAGCCAACCUUCUCACUCAUCCAUCCAUGCUUGGUGUACUCUGCGCCACUCGCUCUCGUCCUUGGAUCUCUUCCUUCCUUCACUCCUCCGCUUCUCAUCACAUCGCUCGCCUCGCUCACGCCACCGUCGUUUCUCCGCCUUUCCAUGCUACCGUCGUCGCCCGUCGCCACCAUUCCAGCGCCUGCAAACUCCAAAUCCCCGGCGGCGCUGCUUCCAUAUGGCACGCUAUUAUGCCGUCCGGUGGUGAUGGAUUCCGACGCGAUGUUUUGAUGGUGAAUCAUGACCACGAACUCAAGGGAGAGGGAUCGUGGAACGUGGCGUGGGAUGCUCGGCCUGCUAGGUGGCUUCACCGGUCUGACUCGGCUUGGCUUCUCUUUGGUGUCUGCGCAUGCCUUGCACCGCCGUUGGUUAUUGUUGACGUUGAUCCCGAGGUACCAACAUCGCCGGUGAUUUCUUCCGGCGAGAGUUGCGAUGUUAUUGGAGAAAAAGAUGAACGGAAUGAAGAAGUCUCCCCUGAUUACAGAGUCACAGGGGUGCUUGCUGAUGGUCGGUGUCUGUUCAGAGCAAUAGCGCACGGUGCUUGCUUAAAAAAGGGAGAGGAAGCACCUAAUGAAAAUCGACAGAGAGAACUAGCUGAUGAAUUAAGAGCUAGUGUUGCUGAAGAACUGUUGAAAAGACGUGAGGAAACAGAAUGGUUUAUUGAAGGGGAUUUUGAUGCAUAUGUGACCAGAAUUCAGCAGAGUUAUGUCUGGGGAGGGGAACCUGAGCUACUAAUGGCUUCUCAUGUUUUGAAGACUCCAAUAUAUGUGUUCAUGAGAGAUGCAAGGUCCCUUGAUUUGGUAAACAUAGCAAAAUAUGGUGAAGAAUAUAUAAAUGAUGAGGAGGUUUCUAUCAAUGUGCUAUUUCAUCGGCAUGGUCACUACGAACUACUAGAGACCUUAUGACCAAAAUUGUCGCAAAAAUAUUACAUCUAGUGCAGUACAGAACUUUGUUUUUUAGUCAUAUGCGGUUUAAGUCUUCUGACAUAAAAGAGCUUUUUUCUUUUUUGUCAACUGGGGAUUUCUUUGAGUGAAUUUAGUAGUUUUUUUUUUUCCAACUGUAAUCUGAGCUGCAGGGAACUUCAAUCCAAUAAAAGCAAUAGGCUUUUGCAAUCUGUGUACUUUGCAAUACACCAUAAUCAUAGUGGAAAAUGAGAUUGUAUAAUCAUAGUGAAGAAUGAAAUAAUGUUAUUGAGAUUUUGAAA